AACAAAAAGGGGCAAGAAGAAGACGCGACGACCCUCUCCAUGGUGCUGGCCAUUUCAUUUGCUGAUUCGAGCCCGUUUCGCGCAUAGUUUCGGCUCGAACUGAUGACGGCACUGUCGAUCGAUCGCCGACGAGCAGUAGCGCGAUAAAGCAAACUUGAUAAUUCCCAAACUCUUCAUAAUUUGAUAUUCCAAAAUGCUGCCUGGCCCCAAGCUCAUUGCGGCCGCCACCACACAGCAGAUCACAGUCCAGCGCUCCACCGUCUGCUCCAACGCUUAUUGCGUUUGAUUCUGGUGAUCGGUGACGUCGUUGCACCUACUGCCCGCUGUUACUGCUGCUGCUCCACGGCGUGUUCGACAGUGAUGUAACGCCCACAUGUACAAAGAUUGGCUCAUUACCAUUAGCUGCAAAGCUCUGCAGGAGAAGUUUGCCGACCAUAACCAGAUGGAGAUGCUUUCGGCCUUGUCACAGAAGGACUUGGCCAAAGACAAUCUGCGCAAAACUCUCGACGAACUGUCCCGCGAUGUUCUGCGCAACAGCAGGCAGGAGCAGAUGCGCUUCAUUUGCCCCGAGCUGGAGUCAAGCUGCGAGAGAAUCUGCCACAAGUGUCUGGAGCUUGAGCGCCUCGUAGCCAAUGGCGAAUCCAAGUGCGCGGAGAGAGCCCAGCGUGAGUGCGAUCAGCUGCGAGUGGACAUUGCUGAGACACGAACCAAGCUGGAAGACGUUCAGUUGGCUUAUAGCCUGGCCAUGUGCGAGGUGUCUGAGAAGACGGAGGACUGCAAACGCCUCAACCUUCAACUAUUCACUGCUCAGGACGACAAUGCCCGACUGCAGGGAAAGUACGACGGUAUGGAGCAGAUCUGGCAGAGCCAACUGAAGCUCAUAAAAAGCAUGGCAGCAGACUACAAUGCAGUCCAACGUAAGUACGAAAAGCUGCAGCAGGAGUACGAGGACUUGGGACGAACAUCGAAAGCUUCCGAAGAGCACGGCCUGCAGCUGGAGGCCGACAGCACGACACUGCAGGCCGAGAUUUUAAAGUUGAGGGAGCGCGGUGAGGAGACGCAGCGAAUACUUUUGGAGGCUGCCAACCAAAAGGCACUUGCGGAACAGUUCGAGGCGCACAAUGAUGCGCUCAAGGUAGAGCUGUCGGAGCUGAAGACGAGCUGGACGGACAUGCAGUGGGAGUUUGACUGCAUGUCCAACCAGCUCGUUAAGAGUGUGAAGGAGUGUGAUGUUCUGCGUAACGAGUGCAGUGCUCUGCAGGCAGAAAAUAAAAAUUUUUUAAAUUUAAAAAAGGAAUUUGAGCAGGUUUGUUCAUGGAAUACGGAUCUUUUUAAAUUAAAUCAAACUCUGCGAGCAACCCUAAAAACCAACGAGGAAACCUUUAAGACAGAGAAGCAGGGCUUUAAAGAGCACCUUAACGGCAUUGUGAUCGCUAAGGAAGAACUUAAUUCCCAGUUAAAGUCUCAAUUGAAGUCCAUAAAAGCAGAAAACAGUGCUCUACGCAACGCUUUGCUCAAGCAGGAUGAAAUCCACAAAAACACCUAUCAGAAAUGCCUUGAAAUGCGCCAGGAACUUAAUGAGAGUCGCCACUCGGUUAAACGUCUGAUGGAAAAGGAUGCAGCUAGCGAGACCUUCAAAAAUGCUCUGUCCCAGCAAAAGUUGGUGCUAGAAGAAGUCAUUCAAAAUCUAAACAAAGAAGUUGAAAGUCUUCGCACAAAAAUAAAACAAAAUACGAGUGGCUAUCGCACGGACAUGGAACUUGCGAGCGAGGCAGUGAACGAAAUUGGGGAGAAGCAUACAACGAAAGGGAGAAAAGUUUCCAACGCUCCUAAAGAUCGCGGUAAAUCUGCUAGCAAUACGUCCGAAUCGCGGAAGAUUCAACGGAGAUGCAUUCACGAUGAGCGUCGACGGGUAUAUUGUAAUGAUAAGUAAAAGUGGGUUAAAGAGCCUGCAAAUGGUAGGCAGUGACGCUGACUAUACAGGGGAGGGACUCAGUUCAUUUAUGUUUUAUUUUUAUUUUAAGUUAUU